AACACACCAUGCAAACACUAGGCAGCAAGCCAUCUUGCUCAGCAGCUUUGUUCUACCUCUACUGCCUACUGUUAGUGUCAAGCCUUCAUCUCUUGGAAGAAGCACAUGCAGCACGGCAUGGAGGGAUCUCGCUGAGGUCUCAGCACAUGGCCCUCCUCCACUGGAAAGCUACACUUGUGAGUCCACCGCUGCAGAUGAGUUCCUGGCAGGAAAACACCAGCCCGUGCAACUGGACGGGCAUCAUGUGCACGGCUAUUCGCCAUGGUCGUCGCAUGCCCUGGGUGGUGACCAGCAUCUCCCUGCCGGAUGCUGCCAUCCGUGGCCAGCUCGGUGAGCUCAACUUCUCGGCACUUCCAUUCCUUACAAAUAUCGACCUUCAUAACAACAGUCUCCAUGGUACACUGCCCGCUAAUAUCAGCUCUCUGUCAGCACUUUCUGAUCUUAACCUUAAGCAGAACCAGCUCACAGGGGAAAUUCCUUAUGAGAUUGGUGGCCUGCAAAGUCUCAGGCAGCUUUCUCUCUCAUUUAACAACCUCACAGGAAAUAUCCCUGCAUCUCUGGGCAACCUAACAAUGUUAACUUUUCUUGCCAUUCACCAAACCAUGGUAUCAGGUCCAAUUCCAGAGGAGAUUGGACGGCUUGUAAACCUACAAAAUCUACAGCUAAGCAACAGCACCUUAAGCGGCAUCAUACCAAAAACCCUUGGAAAUCUGACCCAGCUAAUUGGUUUGUACCUGUUUGGUAAUCAACUCUCAGGGCCUAUACCCCAAGAACUAGGACGGCUAGUCCAUCUGCAAAUUCUUGAGCUUGAUUCAAAUUAUUUUUCAGGUCCAAUUCCAAUCUCUAUAACUAAUCUCACUAAGAUUAACGCAAUUUUUCUCUUUGAAAAUCAAAUCACGGGUCCAAUACCUUCAGAGUUGGGCAACUUGCUAAAUCUCCAGUCUUUAGUCUUAUUCGACAACCAAAUAUCUGGCUCUAUUCCUGACAGCCUAGGAAAUAUAACCAAGCUAGUAGUACUACACCUCUAUGAAAAUCAGAUAAGUGGUUCCAUCCCCCAGCAAAUUGGCAAUCUGAUAAACCUCAAAUCCUUAGCCUUGCACCAGAACCAAAUUUCCGGAUCAAUACCAAAAACUUUUGGGAAGUUGCAAAGCGUCCGAACACUGCAAAUGUAUGAUAACAAAUUAUCAGGUUCUCUUCCUCACGAAUUCGGAGAUCUCAUAAGCCUUGACAAUCUUGGGUUAGCUAACAACUCACUCUUAGGACCUUUACCCGCAAAUAUAUGUUCAGGUGGCAGACUUCAAAUUCUCACUGUCCAAUCUAAUAUGUUCACUGGCCCCAUUCCAAGAAGUUUAAAGACAUGUACUAGUCUGCUUAAAAUUAACAUUGAAAAGAACCAACUAACAGGAGAUAUAACUAGGCAUUUUGGUGUGUAUCCACAACUCACACUGAUGCGCUUGGCAUCAAAUAGACUCACCGGGCAGAUCUCACCAAAUCUAGGUGCAUGUACCCAGCUAACUGCCCUAACUCUAAGCAAAAAUAUGAUCACGGGUUCCAUACCUCCAAUCCUUUCUAAAUUGUCUAACCUAGGAGUACUAAAACUUGAUUAUAAUCAUCUCAACGGUAAAAUUCCACAAGAAUUAUACACUUUAACUAAUCUGUACAUGCUGAACUUAUCAUCGAACCACUUAUCUGGAUCCCUACCUACACAGAUAGAAAAACUAAGCAAUCUAGGAUAUUUAGAUAUUUCUGGGAAUAGACUGGGUGGAUUAAUACCUGAGGAACUAGGGGCCUGCAUACACCUACAAUCCUUGAAGAUCAACAACAACUUUUUCACUGGGAGUUUGCCUGGUACGAUUGGAAAGUUAGCGGGUCUGCAGAUCAUGUUAGAUGUGAGCAACAAUAACCUCAGUGGCAUAUUGCCGCAGCAACUUGGGAAGUUGGGAAUGCUAGAAUUUCUGAAUUUAUCCCAUAAUCAGUUCAGUGGCAGCAUUCCAUCCUCCUUUGCAAGCAUGUUGAGCCUUUCAACACUCGAUGUGUCCUACAAUGCCUUGGAAGGACCAAUCCCAAUAACACGACUACUCCAAAAUGCUUCAGCAAGUUGGUUUCUUCCCAACAAAGGUCUGUGUGGUAAUCUCUCUGGCCUGCCACCUUGUUAUUCAACUCCAGUAGAUGGUCACCAUAAACGAAAGACAUUAAAUGUGCUUUUUCCAAUUGUUCUUGUGGUGGGUUUCGGCAUUAUUGGUGCAAUUGUUGUCGUAAUAAUGCUUAGCCGAAACAAGAAUAAACCUGAAGAAAGUGUUACUCCUGAAGCAAGGGAACUAUUCUCUGUUUGGAAUUUUGAUGGAAGAUUAGCAUUUGACGAUAUUGUAAGGGCAACAGAAGACUUCGAUGAUAAGUACAUCAUUGGAACAGGAGGAUACGGCAAAGUCUAUAAGGCAGAGCUUCAAGACGGGCAGCUAGUUGCUGUGAAGAAGCUUCAUCAAACUGAAGAAGAGUUGGAUGAUGAAAGAAGAUUUCGUAGUGAAAUGGAAAUCUUAACACAGAUCCGACAACGAUGCAUUGUCAAAAUGUAUGCAUUCUGCUCCCAUCCAGCGUAUAAAUUUCUAGUCUAUGACUACAUUCAGCAGGGAAGCCUACGCAGGAUAUUGGAAGAUGAGGAGCUAGCAAAGGAAUUGGAUUGGCACAAGAGAAUUUCUCUUGCAAAUGAUGUGGCUCAAGCAAUAUCUUAUUUGCACCAUGAAUGCAGUCCACCUAUAAUCCAUCGAGAUAUCACGAGCAGCAACAUCUUACUUGAUACAACCUUCAAGGCUUUUGUCUCGGAUUUCGGCACAGCAAGGAUUCUUAAGCCCGAUUCAUCAAACUGGAGUGCACUAGCAGGAACAUAUGGCUACAUAGCUCCUGAGCUAUCAUACACAUCUGUUGUGACGGAGAAAUGUGACAUCUAUAGCUUUGGCGUGGUUGUGCUAGAGCUAGUCAUGGGGAAGCAUCCAAGGGAUCUAUUAGACGGUAGUUUACCAAGCAAGGAACAAGCUAUACUGGUAAAUGAUAUUCUGGACCAACGGCCGACAACACCAACCAUGUGGGAGGCAUACCACACACUCAUCCAGCGACCCUCUUCUAAUCCAUAUCCCGUGCCUUUCAGCGCACUUGCAUUAUGGCAAGUAAUGAAUGCAUGCUGAUAUAUGAUCCGAGUUCUAGUGAGAAGCCUGUGUCUAUUGUAGCGGAAGCCGUUUUAGGUUUUGGUUUUGCCUUGAGUCAUUCAUGCCAACUAUAUAUGUUGAAGUCUGUAAUCCUAUCAUGACAUCUCGUAGGUUUUAUUUCUAGCAAAAAUAAUGACCGAUCCAUGCAGUGUGAGCCUGUUACGGCCAUAGCGGCUUAGAACUGAGGCAUGGUCAAGGGACGUGGGAUGGCACGUUCGUGAAGCUUGGCCAUGGCGCAAGAUUAGUAUCUUUCUGUUAGUUAGUUAGUUGAGCUAAUGAGCUGUUUAAAUAAAGAAGAGAACAAAGCAGAAAAGCUACAAAGUUUUACACGACGCAAAUAUCCUAAGUGUUCACUAAUUCUUCUCCC